UCUAAAGUGUCAAUCAGCUAGGAAUAAAGGUUUGAAGUGACAGAGAAAUCUUUUCAGCUCUUUGUUUACUUCUAUUUAAAACACUUUCCAAACAUUGUUGUAGGCUAGACUCUGAAGGUAGGCCGAGAUAAAACAAAAUACAAUCUCCCAAACAAGACAUUCGGGUUUUAAAUCUUGACAAGUGAACAAGGAUGUAAGGAAAGAAAUAUCAAGAUCUAGAUAUGCAUCUGAAUUGGCAAUAAAAGUUUUUACAAGCUUCAUUAACAUUACUUUGGCUGUAUACAAAAUGGCAACUUUCAAUAAAGACAAGAAGCAUGAUUUUAAUUUGGAAAUAGUUCUCGACUCCUUUAAAAAAUGCAUCUCUGAAGAUCAGAAAGUUAUCCUUUUAGAAUAUUUGUCAGCUUACCAUGAACUUUGUCGCUUUUUUAAAUUGACUGGUCAGAUUUUCAAUUUUGUGGCAAGGGACUUAGAGAAAAAAAUGAAGGCCAUUGAAUACCAUUUGAAUAGUCAACAUGGAAAUAGCUAUAAGACCGUGCAGUCCAUGGUUGCUUUUGAAGUUCAAAACAAAACUGCACUUGUGAAACACCCACAUGCUGCAGGGACUCGAACUUUGAUCAGACUUCACCAGGCACUCGAAUUUAUCUUGGCGUUUAUGAUUCGAAUUAGGGAAGGGGAUGAGCACGAACUCAUGUCCAAACUGGCCUGGGAAGUUUACAUAGAAACUCUAUACCAACAUCACGGAUGGUUCACUCGUAAGCUGGCUGCCCUUGCAGUGUAUAUGCUACCAACCAAAAAACAGCUGAUUGACGUCAUGUGCAAGCAUGACUAUGACAGAGUAAUGGAGCUGGUCCAGCAGGUGGUUGAGACUGGACAACCAGUUUACAAUAUGAUCCAAGAAGUACUGAAGUCCAAUGACUUGCUUCAUGCUCUCUAAGGUCCAGUUAUAUUUUGUUCUUAUUCUCUUUUUGUAUAUAUUAUUAAAGUGUAAGAUAAGAACAAAUGUGUCCCACUUCCCUACACGUUAUACUGAAAAGCUAAUGUUUCUAUUGUAUUGUCUAAAUUUGAUUUCUGUUCAAGUUUAUGAUACUGUUUGUUUACGAAAAAAUCUAUGCAACUUCUGAAAAAAAAAAAAGCAAAUGUUUGCUGUUAUGUACAGAAUUAGAAAGGCGGCCCUAGCAGUACGCGGGGUCCGGGGCAAGUAUGAUACGCAGGAGCGGGAGCCGUCAGCCUAGACUGUACCACUUAACGCUAAUGGGUCUUACUAUUGUUACAAAGCCGUUUGACAACAUUAAGUAAGGUCUUGAAAUUGCUCUACGUGUCAGAUUGUGUCCCCCUUCCUCUAUUAUUGAUUUAGAGACUUGUAAUAAACGUGACUAAUGAUUCAAAAGCAUCGCUGGCCCACUCAGGCGCGGGGCCCCACUCACCACCCCAAAGGCCGCCUCUUUGUAGAGUAAUUAUUGUUUUUUUAAUCAAUGACCAUGAAUAACAAGAACUAACUUCUAAUGUAAAAUGUAAAGAUUCUAAUCUGAUGCUUUUACUUCAUAAUAUUGAAAUAUUUACCCAGAAGUUGACUACCAGAAACAUCAUUGGUACUGGGAAAGGUAGCAAAUGGACAGAGUUCUUUCUCUAGAAAAAAAAAAAGUAAAGUUCCCCUUUCAGACCUUGCGAUCUAUAAGGGUAGAUGAUGUAAAGGUCAUCCGUCUGAGUGGUAGCGCUUGGCUUCCGAACCGGAUGUCCAGGGUUCAAAUCCUGUUGAGGACUGAGAUUUUGUAAAUUUCAGGAUCUUUAGGGUACCUCUGAAUUCACCCAGCUCGAAUGGUUACCUGACAGUUGGAGGAAAGAAAAUGCUGUUAGUCGUUGUGUUGGCCACUUGACACCCUCGUUAACCGUGGGCCACAGACACAAAUGACCUUUCCUUUAGUUUUUUUCCCCAUCUCAAUCCUAUAAACGUUGCUACAUUGACUUCAAGAAAGAAAUUGAUUACGUCCUACGCGUGUCCCUAGGUCAAUCUAGUCAAGCUUGUUCAUCAAUGUCUGUGACCUAUAUAAACAUUGUAAGCAUAAUUAGAACUAAUCAUCGUAAUAAUUUUAUCAUGAACAGCUUUUUAAAUGUUACUAAUUGUUUGUGGGGCCUUGUUAAGAAAUAAAAUUUAAUUGUCAUUUGCUUGUGCAAUGUUAAUAUUUUUCAAAAUGAGAUUUUUUUUGUAAAUAAUCGAGAUAACCAAUUUCUAUUUCCUGUUCUUUUGUGGCAUUGGCAAGUACCUGUUUAUGUCCUUCUUUUGAGAUUAAAUUUAUAAAAAAAAAAUUUUUUUUUAACAAUUAUUUUUUGUUAAAUUAUCGUCAUUUCAUAAUUCUUACUUCAUUCAUGUUCAGUUAAUUAUUUUUUAUAAAUUAUAUUAUCAGAAAACAAAAUAGUACAUUCGGUGGCAAUUGUUUUGUUGAUAAUGCCCAUUUUUAUUAUUAUUAUGUGAUUGUAAUUGAAUUCCUGGUUGCAUGUCUGCUUGGGAGACUACGUAAUAAUCUUAAUCAUGACACCAGCUGACAAUCCCUAGUUGCUUGAUAAUGCUGAUAUUUUUAAAAGUAUAUGAUUGUAAUUGUAUUCUUGAAUGUAUUGUGAUACCAUUUGACCAUUUUUUUGUUUUCCUACUUUAUAGUUUGUGAAAAUGAAACUGGAGGCUUCACCUUUUAUGUUUUUUAAUGCAGACAUUGUAUAAAAGUUUAUUGGUAAUGAUCAAUUCAUACAUUUUAGUAUGUGAUUUGAUUGAAACAAGUCUUUCAAUAGCAUUGUAAAUGACUCAAGAGACAGACAUAUGAACAUUAACUUAAGAUUUGUGAUAUUAAUUUUGUAAUAUUGUUUGUUGUUUUUUUCUGUCGGGCAUUCCUCAUGCUAAAAUUUGAUCUGAAUUUUUUCAAAAAUUUUGUUCCAAAUGAACCAACAUGACAAUACACAUGAAUGUUUGACAAAGAAAGGAUGCAUGUAGUAGACCUUCUAUUCUGGUGAAAAUGUAAAAAUAAAAAUUGCAGUCUAACCAAGUCUUUUUGUUUUCAUAAAUAUGUAUGUUGACUAAUUGAACAUUGUUCUGAUUUGUUUGAAACAAAAAAAGCUUUAAUUAAUGAUCUUAAUUGACUCAAGGUAUUCAAUAGCUAAUGAUUUGGAGUUUUAGAAAUUAAUUUUGUCAAAACAUUAUUUACUUAAAAUACAAAACUUUUUUUCAUCAAGAUAUUCAACCAAAACAAAAAUUAUGUAGUGUCUAAAACAUAAUAUUUAAAAUGUUUUUGACCUAAUGGGUCAUAUACUUGUUAAUAAUUAUAAUAUUUAGCUAUCCGUUACUAUUUUCAAAACAGGAUCAAAUUAAAGCAAAACGUAUUUUAUAGCAGAUGAUCUAAAAUCUAUUUGAACACUCUUAUCUUAUAUAAUACAGACAUUACUUCCAAAAAGAUGAUGAUUACCUCCUACGCACAGGCGGCAUGCCUCUAGUCAUGAGAGAAAUAUAUUUUAUUGUCUAGAGAGAAAACUUGUCCACUUUUGGUAUUGUAGAAUAAAUUAUUAUAUAGUGUAAGUUAUGUAGUGUAAGCUACUGAUUAUUAAUUUAGGAGAUAACCCAUGACCCUCUGUCACAAAAUUUGUAGAAAUUAUUUUUUUUUUAAAUUCAAUUUCACUAAUCACAUUAGACAAAAUGUCAAGAUAAGCAGAAUCUGAAACUUUUCAUUUUUAAAGUAUCCAAAACAUUCUCUUUAAAAAUAUGUAAUUUGAUUUAUAAAGAUUUAACAAAAAAAAAAACAAAUCAUGCAUUGUGGGAAACCUUUUGUAACCCUGUAAGGCAAUAUUUAUUUAGAGUUAUCCUAGAUAUGAUGAUAGGAAACAGUUGGCUUGUUUACUGAUGUAACUGAAUCUUUCCUUGUUAGCAGUUCCCUUUACUGUGUCUUUGGGUUUAGAAUGUACUUCAAUUAAUUAUUUUAUUAGUUGUCACUUUUGAGUGACUCAAAUAUUUCUGAAUCAGCUUGAUUUCCAAUGAUUUUUAAAGACUAUAGCAUGCACAAGAUUAAACGAAAAAAAAAAUUACUCUUAAUGAGUCUUUUCCACUAGAAUGUGCUUAAGGAUUUUAUCAAUUUCCAAAUUUAUGUUUCUGCACACAGACCAUGUAGAUCUAUGUAUCAUCAACAUCAGAUUGUUCUUACAUUUGUCUUUCUCAGUAUUUCUGUUGGUAAAUGUUUUUCUUUAUGUUAUUGUUGAUUUAUACACAACUUUUUACUCAGUAUUUCUUUUUUUUUAGUUGAUUAUGUUAUGUGUUACUAGCAAGGGUUUGGGUUAAUUUUUUUAGCUUUUUAUUGUUCACUUUGAAUAAGUUGUCUUGUAGUUUGGACUUGGAUCAGUGGUGCUCAACCCACAAACCAGUCAUCAAGAAUUUUGAUGCAUAUUUAAAAGCCUUUCUAAAUUGCAAUAAUGCUUAAGCAAACUUCAGUGUUACAAAAUGGGGUCAUAAAAAAAGUGGGGGAUCAAGGCCUGAUAAAAUGUUUAUAUCUGUUAUUCUAUCUUUUAUCUGUUCAUGUUCAAUAGAUAAGAAAAAAAAAAGGGACAUUUACUUUGUUUUCAUUCCUUUUUUUCAACACAAACUAUAAUAUUUAUAUAGAGUGAGUAACAACUUCAUAUGAUAUGUUUUGUUAAUAUAUAAUCUUCAUAUUCAGUCUACUUGUAUUUUAUUAUUGUUGUAUGUGUCAUUUAGUUACAAGUCAUUCCGUUUUAUUAACAAAGUGAAACUACAGCCAUAUUUAAAAUACAAAUGCAUGCAAUGUCUAGAGUAGAUAUUUAAUAUUUUAAUAAAACUAUUUUAUUCAAAUGUUUGUUGUUUUUUUCUUUUUCAUUAAUGAUUGACUUUUACUCUGUUAUUCUUUGUAUAUAACUAAUUUCCCAAGACAUAGUAAUAUUUUAGUAUCUGUACCAAAUUAGAAAAUAUGUUUGGGUUUCAUAAAUGAUAAAAAGUUUUUAUUAAUUGGACACUCAAUGCAUAUUGUUAAAAAACGCCAUGUGACAGAUUUUACUCCAAAUCCAAGCACUUAAAUAAAUCUAAGACUAAAAUGUUUUUGCUAUAUCAUAGUGUCACACUAAGUGCAGAAUGUAAGCAUUAAAAGAGUCUGACACUUGUCAUUGAAUAGUUCAUAAAGUUUAAUACUGAGUCCAUGUAAUAGUCAAACUACAGAGAAUGCUUAAGAACAUUUUGUUGCAUCCAUAAGUGAGUGUUUCAGCUCUUUAAACUUAAGUGCACUUGGUAAAAAAAAAUCAACAAUAGGUCUAGCCUUAAAAUGUAUAAAGAAACAUGCAAUCAGGUUUGAUUAAUUAUGAAACAAAUUUUUAACAUGUUAAAGCAUAAUAAUACAGCUAUCAUCAGCAUUUCUUUAAAGGGAAACUCAAUGGUUUUUUGACAAUUUUCGAAAUGUAUUUUAAAUUCCAAAGGAAUAUUUUAUUCUUUUCAUUUUAUUUUCAAUAAUAACUUUGUAAUAGAUGUUUUCCUGACAUAAUUUUUAUGUGCAUCCAAAAGGGUCAGAUUUGUAACGAGUUUCUAUGUGACAUCAGAAUGGCCUAAAUGUGUAGUCUAGGAGUAUCUGACCAGGCUGUUAACAUCAGCUGCACUUGCAGCCUAUUUACUUUUUCAGCAGGGAGGGUUGUGGAUGAAAAUACUUUUUUCCCCUAUAGUUAGUUACUGUAAUGCUUUGUGUAAAUGAUUGUAGAUAUAGACCUAAAUUUUAGUAGUACCAACUGGUAUGAUGGUAUCUAUUAUACGCUUUGGCACCACAUAGCUAUGAAAGAUGUGUGUUACUAACAUUGUUGCACAAUAAAAAAGGAUAUAUUUAUUAAUGUU